ACCGUCAUCAAUCCAGCACUGCAGCCAGCCAGCAGCGAGAUCAGGGCUGCUGUUGGUCGUCGUUCCGUUCAUCGAUCCGGCAAUCCAGCGCAGCAAGUGGCCGCUCCGAACGUAGUGCUUGUGUUUUUGUCGUUUUCAUCUAAUAGCCCUUAAAAUGCGCUAAAUUACCCUGAGUAAGUACUGUUAAUUUCAACGUGAAAUUAUCGGAGAUUGGCGGCGUAGAUUCUGUGUCGUUUCUGCUGAGCGCAAUCAACCAUGUCGGUCUCAAAUCGAAACGGCGGUAGUGAGGUGAUCUACGUUGGUGAUAAGGGUUCUAACCGUCCACUUCGGAAUGCACCGAGCCCGGAUGAAGAUCGCAAGGAAGUGAAGAUUCUGUUCUUCGAUUUGACCUAUUACAACACUACGACACAGUUUCUGCUAUGCUGCGCUGGAGUCUUCGUCCUGUAUCUGCUGUAUGGAUACAUGCAGGAGCUGAUAUUCACCUUGGAUGGAUUCAAGCCGUAUGGCUGGUUCUUGACCUUGGUGCAGUUCGCGUACUACACCGUUUUCGGAUACGUUGAGCGAUCCAUGGAGAAGAAGAAAGUCCCCCGCUGCAUCCCGAUGAAAACGUACGUGUUGUUGGCAUUUCUCACGCUUGGAACCAUGGGACUGUCCAACUCCAGUCUCGGUUAUCUGAACUACCCGACACAGGUCAUCUUCAAGUGCUGCAAGCUGGUGCCGGUGCUGAUCGGAAGUAUUCUCAUCCAAGGCAAAAAACAUGGACCGUUGGACUUUCUGGCAGCAAUUGCCAUGUGCCUCGGGUUGACCCUGUUCACCUUGGCCGAUUCGCAGGUUUCACCGAAUUUCAAUCCGUUCGGAGUGCUCCUGAUUUCGUUGGCUUUGCUGUGCGAUGCAGCGAUCGGGAACGUCCAGGAGAAAGCCAUGCGAGAGCACAAAGCUCCAAACAACGAGGUGGUGAUCUACUCGUAUGGAAUCGGGUUCGUAUACCUGAGCGUAAUUAUGCUGCUGACGGGGAACCUCUUUACGGGGAUCAGCUUUUGCAUGAAGUACCCCGUCGAAACGUUCGGAUAUGCAUUUUUGUUCAGCCUUUCAGGCUAUCUAGGAAUACAAAUCGUUCUAACCUUGGUGCGAACGUGUGGUGCUCCUCUGGCUGCGACUGUAACAACUGCCCGAAAGACUGUUACCAUUGCCCUUUCGUUUGUGUUCUUCAGCAAACCGUUCACUAUUAAUUACCUAUGGUCCGGACUGAUUGUGGUGCUAGGAAUCUACCUAAACGUGUACAGCAAACGUAGCAAGCUGACUUUCUCCGACAUUAACCGGACGGCGGAGCGGGUCUACCGCAAACUGGUGCCUCACAGAGGUGGAUCAUCGAGUACCAAAAAGUUACUGCUAGAGGUUUAAUUUAAGGUGGUACCCCUAUUCCAAACUCAAUAGUGAUUUUAAGAAUUUUAGAACGGCAAGUCUGAUCGCUGACGGCUGAGUAAGUUGUAUUAUAUUCGAUCAAUUGGAAGGCUAGGUAAAAAGUAAUUUAUUUAUUGGA